CGCCGCCCGGGGCCAGCAGGGUGCGUUGCGCCGCGCGGGGUCUGAGGCGGCGGCUCCGCUCCGCGCCCGCUCCCGGUCCCGCCGCUGCCGGAGAUCUGUCCUUUGCCCAAGGCAGCGAGUGCCCCUGCCUGUGCUGGAGGAGUGUGCCCACCUGCCCAGGAUUCUCCUGUGCUGGGGCCUGGAGCCGAUGGCAGAGAAUGUCAACAACUAACAACAUAGCGCAGGCCCGGAAGCUGGUGGAGCAGCUCCGCAUCGAGGCCGGGAUCGAGAGGAUCAAGGUCUCGAAAGCCUCCUCUGAGCUCAUGAACUACUGUGAGCAGCAUGCCCGGAACGACCCGCUGCUGGUUGGAGUCCCCGCGUCCGAGAACCCCUUUAAGGACAAAAAGCCCUGUACCAUCCUAUAGCUCCGGAUCCCUCCGGAAGGGCAUCCUGCUCCAGCCACUGAAACCCAGCUCCAGCACCUGCCCCCGCGCCCGGGGGUAAACUCUAAAUGUUGGCUUCAAACAGAACUUAAAUUCCCGAAAAAAAACCCAACAAAAACCCAAACCACACCACAGAACAACCAAUUACACGGAGAUAAUAA